AUGAGCAGGCUUCUGGGAAAUGGAGUCGCACGUUCUUGGGCUCAGCGCGCAUGCUCAUGGGACAGCUCCCUGAGGCUCCUUCGGCGCAGGUGCAAAUGGCGUAGGCGUUCUUUCUGGGAGAUUCUUCGGCUUCAAGUGGAAGACAUACUCCGAACCCCCAAGUCUAUCCGCCGCUCAGAUAAACCUUCAGAGAUUUCUACAUUUUUCCGGGAUCAGCAGAAAAUGAAGAAAUCCUAUGGAUCCUUGUCAUUUGAGGAUGUGACUGUGGGCUUCACCCAGGAGGAGUGGCAGCAUCUGGACCCUGCUCAGAGGACACUGUACAGGGAUGUGAUGCUAGAGAACUAUAGCCACCUCGUCUCAGUGGGAUAUUGCGUCCCUAAAACAGAAGUGAUCUUCAAAUUGGAACAAGGAGAGCAGCCAUGGAUAUUAAAGGAAGAGCCCCCAGGCCAGAGAUACCCAGAUCCUCCAGAAGCAAUAAGGAAAAAGAGCAACACAAACUUUAUCUCAUGACAAUAGAGGAUAUCUGAAACCCCAAAUCAAUACAAGUGGAAAUGCUGCCAGAAUCACUGAAAAAUUAAGGAGGGCUAUAUGUACCAGCAGAUGAAAAGAAACAAAAACAUUUCUGGUGCUUGAAGGAACUGGUAAAAUACUUGAGAGAGACAAAGUACAUACUCUGAGGUGCAAAGCUUAAAUCUCUCUUGCAAUAACAUCAGUGCUGUGCACAGGACAGCUGGAGCUCUUUUGAAUGCAGUCUGGUUCUGUGAAGCUGAUGUAGGGUUAAGUAUGGAAACAGACACACAAGUCAUAUUUUCCUGUGACAAUGCAAGAAAUGAGAGUUUCCAUUUCAGAAAAAAAUGUUACAGACACCUGUAUGUGGGGAAAUAAACUUACAUGCUAUCUUAGCUUGUAUUCCUACAAACAAUUUGAAAUAAAAAUUUACUCGAUAACUAUUGGUCAGGAUGGGCAGACCUACUACAGAAGUGAGGAAAUGGGGAGUAAGGCUGGUUAGGACGAAGAGAAAGUACAAGAGGGUGAUAACAGAGUAAGCCAUUACUAAGGCUACUCUGGCAAGAAAGGAGCGACAGUCUGGGUUGAUGCAUAAACUGAGUUUGGUAUAUGUGCAAAACACUUGUUCAUAAGAAGCUCUCUUGUUAGGUUAAUACAUGGCUCUGUUCCUUUUACCUAGUAAAACUGAUGCGGUGUAAAAGCUCAUGUCCUUUGAAGCUGAGUAAUCCAAAAGGAACCAGCAUAAAAUGCCCCACAAAACUACUGCAAGAAUAAAGAGGUGAAAAAGAUUAGGAAAAAAAAGUAGGUGAUGAAAUGUCACCUGAUCAAAGUGGACAUAAAGUAGAUAAAUAAUUGGGCCAAAUAAUAAACCAUGAAUUUCAAAAAGGACUAAUUGAAUUGAUUGCCUGCAUGAUAUGAGAGUUCAAGAAGGAUGUUAAGGCAACAGUAUAAUGUUUUAAUUCAUUUAAUAAAAUGCAUUCUGGGAUGUCAGGCUGAGCAAAUAAUUGGAAGAGAAAAUAAGAAUCACAGUAAAGAAAGCAAAUUGGGGCCAGGCACGGUGGCUCACACCUGUAAUCCCUGCGCUUUGGGAGGCCAAGGCCGGUGGAUCACUAGAAGUCAGGAGUUUGAGACCAGCCUGGCCAACAUAGUGAAACCCCAUCUCUACUAAAAAUAGAAAAAAUUAGCCGGGAAUGGUGGCACACCUGUAAUCCCAGUUACUUAGGAGGCUGAGGCAGGAGAAUAGCUUGAACCCAGCAGGCAGAGGCUGCAGUGAGUCAAGAUCACCACUGCACUCUAGCCUGGGCAACAGAAUGAAACUCCAUCUCAAAAAAAAUAAAAGCAAAUUGGAGGAGUCUCAAAGAAUAGGCGUUGCUGAAAUGUAGAUUAGAAAUAAAUGUGGAAAGCCUUUCAAGCAAGAAGAAACUGAAGUAAAUAAAAGGUGAAUAUUGCAUAGUUAGUAUAAAAGAUACUUCACAUAUAUACCAUACAUACGGUUCAUUCCCCAAAGUAGAAAAUGAAAUAAAUAGAACCAAUAUUGAAAAUAUUCCAAUAACACUUUUUGGGGAAAAGAAGAUACAAUUGAAUCUACAUAAAAAGACAAACCAUCCCUCAGGAAGGCAGAACAACAAUGAUCAACAUUGUGAUAUAUUCCUAAUAAUAUUACUAGAUUUCAAAGAUAAUCAUUUUGACAGCCAAUCAAUAUAAGAAAAAAGUCCAGCUGAUCUCAGCCUUUUCCAUAACAAAAUUUGCUAAACAAAACUGAUAAAAGUCUGUAGAGCAAUUGCUACAAAAUCAUUAGGGUGGGUCAAAUUAAGAACUUUAUACCAGGUUAAAGAGCAAUUCUUUAGCAAAAAAGAGGAAACCUUUUUUUGAAUAGGCAAGGAUUCUGGGCCCUUUGUCCCUAAGACCUUUUAUUAGAGGAUGAAUAUCAGAUAACCAAGAAGUGAAACAAAAAGCAUGGUAAAAAUAUUGGUGGUAGCCUCUGAAUUUAAUUGAGGAACUAAUUCUAAAGCAAAUGUGAGAAUGUGUUAUUGAAAACCUGGGCAUUAUAGACUGUAUUUAAUUUGAUUAAGUGGAGGCUAAAAACAAGUGGGAAGAAUGACAGUAUUCUAAUAAAGUGAAUUAUGUUAAAAUGCAGUGUAUACAUUCCUAAGAAUCACUGCUCUGUGCAAAUGAGUACAAUAAAAAUCAUAGGACUAAUGGGAAAAUGAGGUCAAGGACUAACACUCAAAAACUUUCUGUGUCAGUGAUACACAACAGUGAAGUCUUCAGUUGCAAUUUUAGAUUUAAUUUCUCCUUUUGAUUAUUUUGGCUUUUGCUUUAUGAAUUUUGGAGCAUUAUUAAUUUGUACAUAUUAGGAUCCUUAUGUCCACUUCAUGAAUUAACCACUUAAUAAUUAUGUAAUGUCUCUGUUUAUACCUUGUAAUACUCUUUGUUCUAAAUGCUACUUUGAUAUUAAUUUAGCUCUUCCAGUUGUCUUUUAAUUUUAUUUAGCUUUUUCCAUACUUUUAAUCUGUUUAUAUUUAAAGUGAAUUUCUUUUUCUUUUUUUUCUUGAGAUGGAGUCUUGCUCUGUCACCCAGGCUGGAGUGCAAUGGCACAGUUUCAGCUCACUGCAACCUCUGCCUCCUGGGUUCAAGCAAUUCUCCUGCCUCAGCCUCCCGAGUAGCUGGGAUUACAGGCAUGUGCCACCACACCUGGCUAAUUUUUUGUCUUUUUGGUAGAGACGAAGUUUCACCAUGUUGACCAGGCUGGUCUUGAACUCCUGACCUUGUGAUCCGCCCACUUCAGCCUCCCAGAGUGCUGGGAUUACAGGCAUGAGCCACUGCACCCAGCCAUGAAUUUCUUAAAAUAGCAUGCGGUUGGAUGUUGCUUUUAUACCUUAUGUGAAAACUUCUACUUUUUUUUUUUUUUUGUGGGGGGGAUGGUGUCUCACUCUGUUGCCUGGGCUGGAAUGCAGUGGCACAGUCUCAGCUCACUGCAGCUUCUGCCUCCCGGGUUCAAGCUAUUUCCAGCUAAAUUUUGUACUUUUAGUAGAGACAGGAUUUCACCAUGUUGACCAGGCUGGUCUCGAGCUCCUCAUCUCAAGUGAUCUGCCUGCCUCGGUCUUCCAAAGUGCUAGGACUACAGGCGUCAGCCACCACGCCUGGCCUUCUACUUCUUAAUUGUGAUAUUUCAACCACAUAUAUUUAAUAUAAUUUUUUAAUGUUUGGAUUCAUAUUAUUUUGCUGAGUGUUUCCUCCUUGCUCAUUUGUUCUUUUUCCUUUUUUUCCUCGUUUUCUCUCAUUUGGAUUGAUAAUUUUUAUUUUGUUUUAUCUCCUGUUGAAAAACAAUAAAAUUGAAUCUUCAAAAAAUAA